AUGGGCUUAUAUCAGCCCCACAAAGCCUAUGCCGAGCAUGAAAAUUUAAUUGAGAAUGGCUUGUCAACCGGACAAAAACAAUUAGUUGAUUUAAAUCGUCUUUUUGAUAACAGUAAAAAUAAGGAAAUAUUCAUUUUUGAUGAAGCCGAUAACGCGUUAGAUGAGAAUAACCAAAAAGAUUUCCGCCAAAAAAUAGAGAAAAUUAGCAAAAAGAAAUUAUUAAUCGUUAAAAAUGGCGAAGUAAGGGCUGAUCGGACUGAGGUAGGAACUAAGGCUCUUUUUGGCUGUCAAAUGCGUUUUAAUCUCCGUGAAGGUUUCCCUUUACUGACUACUAAAAAAUAUCAGGGAGAAAAUUUAAAGGAGUUUGACGAAAAAAUCAAAACUGAUAACAAUUUUGCGCAAAAAUAUGGUGAGUUGGGUCCUGUCUAUGCCCAGUUUUUUGUCUCGGAAAACAAGGAAUUAACUUGUUUAUUAUAUCAAAGAAGCGGGGAUAUGUUUCUGGGGGUGCCUUUUAAUAUUGCUAGUUAUAGUUUGUUGACUUCCCUGCUAGCCCAAGUUUGUGGAUAUAAACUAGGAGAAUUUAUUCAUGUUAUUGGUGAUGCUCACAUUUAUUCAAACCAUUUAGAACAAGUUAAGUUACAAUUAGAAAGGAAACCAAGGAAAAUACCAACUUUGAAACUCAAUCCGGAAAGAAAAUCGAUUUUUGAUUUUUGUUUUGAGGAUAUUAAUUUAGAAAAUUAUGAGCCAUAUCCACCGAUUAAGGCCAAAGUAGCAGUCACCGAGAGAUUUGGGCAAGUUUUUUAUAAGUUGAUUUUUGAAAAAUUAGGUGAGAAUGAACUUAAUGAAUUAGAAGCAAAGAUAAUAGACAAAAGAGAGGGAGACAAAAUAGUAAUUGGAGAUAUCUUGGAAAUAAGUGUUGAUUUGGAAAAAACAAAUAGGUUUGGGCGGGAAGAAGAAUAUUUUCAUUUACUAGAUUUCAAAAUAGAUAAAUUAGUUAAAGUAGAACAGUUAAAGCAAGAGAUAUUUAGUUUGAUUGGUGAAAUUGGCAACACCGAAGAGAAAUUAAGUAUUGAGGUAGUACAGAGUAUCGGUGUUCCAUCACCGAUGCCUUAG